UUGGGGCGGGGCUGGGCCCAGGUAGAGCGGCCCAGCGGCCGGCGCGGCGGACGGGAUGAGGCGCUGCAGUCUCUGCGCUUUCGGUAACUUCCGGGACCUGGCGUCUUGUCUCCUAACCUUGGGGCCACCCUUGGCCUGUCCUACUGCCCGCGGUUAACCCGCCAGGAGCCAUCUCUCCCCACCCCGCCCGACUCAACCCUGCCCUCACCCGUGCUUUGCAGACGCCGCCCGGGGGCCCCGGCGGCUGAUGCGCGUGGGCCUCGCGCUGAUCCUGGUGGGCCACGUGAACCUGCUGCUGGGGGCCGUGCUGCACGGCACUGUCCUGCGGCACGUGGCCAAUCCCCGCGGCGCUGUCACGCCAGAGUACACCACGGCCAAUGUCAUCUCCGUCGGCUCGGGGCUGCUGAGCGUUUCCGUGGGACUUGUGGCUCUCCUGGCGUCCAGGAACCUUCUUCGCCCUCCACUGCACUGGGCCCUGCUGGUACUAGCUCUGGUGAACCUGCUCUUGUCCGCUGCCUGCUCUCUGGGCCUCCUCCUUGCCGUGUCACUCACUGUGGCCAACGGUGGCCGCCGCCUUAUUGCUGACUGCCACCCAGGACUGCUGGAUCCUCUGGUACCACUGGAUGAGGGGCCGGGACAUACCGACUGCCCCUUUGACCCCACAAGAAUCUAUGUGAGCACAUUCUCUUCCUUCUUGUGGUCUACAAAGCCUUGGUCCUGCCCUUUUAAUUUCCCUUCUUUGCUGCACUUGCCCUACUCCCUCCUACUCCCCAUCCUUGCUUUUCAGGAUACAGCCUUGGCUCUCUGGAUCCCUUCUUUGCUCAUGUCUGCAGGGGAGGCUGCUCUAUCUGGUUACUGCUGUGUGGCUGCACUCACUCUACGUGGAGUUGGGCCCUGCAGGAAGGAGGGACUUCAGGGGCAGCUAGAGGAAAUGAUAGAGCUUGAAUCUCCUAAACAUAAAAGGCAGGAAAAUGAGCAGCUACUGGAUCAAAGUCAAAAAAUCCAGGCAUCACAGAGAAGUUGGGUUUAGGACAGCAGGUGCUGUUCCAAGACUCAGUCCUAAAGGGUGUUUUUUUCCCACUAAGCAAGGGGCCCUGACCUCGGGAUGAGAUAAUAAAUUGUAAUAAAGUAACUUCUCUUUUCUUCUA